CCCCCUCCGCUCGGGAAGAUGGCGGCGCCCUUAGCGCAGCAGUUGGAGGAGCUGCUCAACCCCCGGCCCGACUUGCGAGACCCCGAGGACGACGCGGAGGAAGCCACAGUUGCUAAAGUGAUUGACAGGUUUGAGGAUGAGACUGCAGAUGACAUUUUACCUGUUGGUAAUAUACGGAAAAAAGCUUCGGCCUCCCUCUUAGAAGCUGAUAAAAGGUACAGUGGAAAAGCAACAUCUCGCAAAGCCUUGCAGGAAGAGCUCUGGGGAGAUGCUCUGUCUGAAGAAGGAUCUGCUGAAGAAACCUUAGGCGAAUGGUAUAGUGGCAGUGAAGAUUCAGAAGACAAUGGCAGCUUGGGCAGUAAAACAGAGGAGCAGGCCAGCAGUGCUGGCAGUGACCAGGAGGAUAAUAUGGAAGAUGAUGGAGAGAGAGGUUCCUCUGCCAAAGCACCAAAGUUCAGUUUCCAGAAUGUCACGGACUUUGAGAAAUUUGCAGAGGGGAUGGAUGACGUUGGGAGCAGUGAUGGAGAAGAUGAAGAUGAUGCCAGCAUGGAAGAAGGAAAUGAUGAUGAGAAAUAUGAGGGGGAAGACCACGACCACAUAAAAGGCACCAAUGACAACGAGGAUGACGGGGGGGUGAUGACGUUCUCAAAGGGACAAGCAAGUGAUGAGGUGGAAAAAGGAAAAGCGGUGAAGAAUCAGCUAGCGUUGUGGGAUCAGAUCUUGGAAGGCAGAAUCAAGAUGCAGAAGGCACUUGUAAUAGCCAACCGGCUUCCUCAGCCAGAUACUUUCCCCCUUUUCAGAAAGGAAGGUGGACAGGAAUUUGACAGUGCUGUGGAGAGCUGUUGUAAAGCCAUAGACACAUUGCUGGGAGUACUAGUGGACAUUCAGGAUGAGUUGCUUUAUCAAUGCCCGGGCACAAGGCACCUGGUAGAUGGAAAACAAUCAAAACCUGAGAGUGAUGAUGAAAUUCCCAGCAGCAGCGACGAAGAGCCAGCAGGUGAAGCUCAGGAGAAGAGGAAGCGCCCUCCCAAACGAAAGCUGAAGGCGGAGGACUUCCCAGAGUUCAUAGCCAAGAGGUACAACGACUACAGGACGUACCGGAACAGCAUCCUGCAGAAAUGGCAUGAGAAGACAAAGCUGGCAUCUGGCAAGAUGGGCAAGGGUUUCGGCGCCUUUGAGCGUUCAAUCUUGACUCAGAUUGAUCAUAUUUUGAUGGACAAAGAGAGAUUGCUACGGCGGACACAGACCAAGCGAUCAGUGUACAGAGUGCUUGGGAAGAAGGAGCAGGAUUCCCAUCCAGCCCCUGAAUAUUUGCCUGAAAAUUCGGAAGUCCUCCCUGAGACAGAUUCCAACAGGCACCUGAAGGACAUAGAUGAGGAAAUAUUUGAUGAUGAUGACUUUUAUCACCAACUCCUUCGAGAACUGAUAGAGCGUAAAACCACUUCAUUGGACCCCAAUGAUCAAGUCGCCAUGGGCAGACAGUGGCUGGCCAUCCAGAAGCUACGAAGCAAAAUAAAGAAGAAAGUGGACAGGAAAGCCAGUAAAGGAAGGAAAAUCCGGUAUCAUGUCCAUAGCAAGCUGGUGAGCUUCAUGGCACCUAUUGACCACUGUACGAUGAAUGAUGAUGCCAGGACGGAGCUUUAUCGUUCGCUCUUUGGAAGAAUGAUGCGGCCUGAAGACCCUCAGCGUGGUUAGGAUCCGGCACCGCCGCACCUGCAGGUUCUGCCCCGUUCUCUUUGCAGCUUCCUGGCCUGCUCAGCACCGGCCAACCGUCGUGCCAGGAGAGGGAUGUGCUGUCCCUGCAUUUCUAUUAAACCCUCAAAGGUUUUUAUUUUGAAGAUUGGUGGGAUUUUUAUUUUAUUUUCUUAUUUUUUUUUUUUUGAGGCGUGCCGUUCUGUUCGUUGGCUGCGGGUCUGGAUGGGUUGACUUGAUUUCCACUGAGUCAAGAGGAUUUAAAUGUCAUUUACAUAAUUAACGUGGCCUUAAAACAGAGGUGCUCUGCCUUGCAGCAGCCCCAGCUCCCGGUUCACAUUCCAGUUUCAGAACGGCCUCUUUGCAGCCAUGGACGUCACCCAGCCUGUGGUAGGCAUGCUGUGGGGACACACCUGGGGGUAGUUCUGCAAUUAGAACACAUUGGUGAGUUUUUCAGUCCAGCGUUGAUUGUGGACACUUAAUUAUUUCUGCUGAUUGUGACUGUGAGCCCCCUUCUCUUCGCUGUGACCGUGACACACUUCUGAAAGAUGGCAGCACUAAUGCAGAGCUGCCAGAAGGCAUCACGCAGGGUUUGUGGGCUUUCUGUAGCCAAAGGCCACAGUUUGGAAAUGAAACCUCCAUAAAGGGAAUCUAUUAGCCUGCUGUGAUCAAUGUGGAACCGAGGUUAUCUCGUGUAAAUAAUACGUGCAUAUAUGUGUAUAAUGAGAAUAGCCAUUGCUUGUGACCACAGGAACUGCACUGUCUUUGUUCUGUGGGAUUUAAUUAAAGCACUUUGUGAAUGGAUUGUCCAGAUUUGGUCGGUGCAGAAAUGGCACCAGCAGCUCUAGCCUCUCUUGGACCCAGCAACAGACAGUUCUUAACCAGAGGCUGUGGUGUCACUUUGCACAGAGCUGCCUGAGCACCAGCAGAGUGUGCACAGAGCAGCUGGAACUUUGCUUCUGAGCCUUGGCUGGUGCCUGUUGUGAUAGUGGUGUGGGGCACAGCCGUGCAGAGCAGUCACGGGGCCGGGGCUGUGCAGCAGGAGCUCAUUGCCUGCACUGCUUCAGAUUUGGAGUAAGUUUGUAGAUUUGCUAUAUCUAAAUAUGUGGGCUGACUGCAGGUCUGAGGCAUAACUAGAUUACGACUAGUUACAAGCAUGCAGGCACUGCUGCAAUUAAAUCAGAUGAUACUUUUGUCCAUGCAGAUUUGAUGUGGUUUCACAAAAGCACUGCCAGCACUGUCGGUUCCUUGGUCGGUUCCUGCAGGCAGGACAUGGGGCUCAGCCCUCCAGGGGACGAUGGGUGCUGGAGCAGCAUUGUUGUCCACAGGGCCUGGGUAAGAGCUGCUGUACGGCCUGGUGGCUCAGCACAGGGCAGCAGCAGUGAGACUUAGUAGCUCCAUCAGGUCCCCAGAGCUGUCUGCAGAUCUGGUAUUAAUUAAUCCUUUUUACACCUCUUCAUUACAGCUUUAAGUCUCCUUUCUAGUUACCUGCUUCCAGUAAAUAGCUUCCUGGCACGUCACACGGUGUAUUGAGCAGUCUGCCACAGCACAGGAGAACGUGCUGAGCUGCAGAGAGCUGGGGCUGCGUGUGGCACCUGGGGCUGGAAAGUGGACAGGAGGAUGUGGGUGCUGCUCUGCCUCAUCCCACCGCCAGCAGCUUGUGAGCAGACCUACCAGGUACAGAUGCACCUCUUUGGGGAGAGGACUUAAUUUACUCAAGGGUCUGUGACGUUUUGGUGUUGCUUUUUUAAUGUGGGGAAGGAAAACUGUAAUUGUCCAGUUAAGCCCAGCUCUUGUGUGCUGCUGCUCCUUUAGGUAAUGUGCCUGGGGGUGCUGUGCUUCAGGAAGCUGUGGGGCUGUGUCACAUCCUGGCUGCACUCUGUGGGGCUGCAUCUCAGCUGCUUGUCAGUGUGCAGAGCGGGGCCUUCCCUGUCUCGCAGCUCUCUGGGCAGGCUUUGCCCCGUUGCCCCCCCGGGCUGCUUUCCACAGCCCUUUCCAUGUCGGGGUGCUGCUGACACUCUCUCCUUCCCCACAGGGGUGUGAGCAAGGCCAUUAAGCCAAGAGCCAUGCCCAGCAUCACACUGCUGCAGAGUCAGGGCCAGAACCCCACAUCCAUCCUCUGGGUGCAAAUCUGGAAGCGUCCCCAUAAGCUGCAGCAUGUUGGUUGCCAGCAAUGGGCAAAGCAGCACUGCUGCAGCCCCACCAGUGCCCCAGGUGGUUCCCCUGCCUUCAGUGGUACCUGCACUUCUUUCUUGAGCGGCAGCAGAGCUGUGUGGUUGUCUAACAUCAUUAAAAUCUCAUGGUUUAAUAACUGCAAUUCUGAAAGGCAUCAAGGGGAGUAAAUUGGCUGCUUCCAAACUUUGUGUCGGUGGAAUGGUUUCACACUGCUGGCGCUGGCAGGGCAGGCAUCACGGAUGGCUGGCAGGGAGCGCCGUGCCCCUGCCCUGUUGGGGUUUGCUGUGCUGGCAGGAGGGCAGGCUGCUCUGCGGGGCUGCUGCUCUGACUCCUGUGUCCUUUAACGUGGCACCAAGAUUCUGGGUAUUAUUUUUUUACAUUUUGAGAGCUGGAUGUAGCGUUAAAAGGGUAAUGUGGAACACUUUAAAUGUGAUAACUUCUCCUUCGUAUUGUUGGAAGAGAUAAGAACCAAAGCCCUGCUAAGCAUGCUUUUGAAUUCACUUAUCAGUGUUUAAGCAGGCUUCUCUGCCCGCUGCCCCCACCACCUGCACAGCCCCGCAGCUCCAGCCUGCUGCCCUUCAUGGGGAGGUCAGCACUGGUUCCAGGCGCAGGCAGGUGCUGCUGCUGAGUCCCUGCGCCCUGGUGGCAGCGGUCACCACGCAGCCAGGUGUCGGCAGCAGCUGUGUGUGCUGGUCAGGGAGGGCACAGGUGUCCGGUGUGAUUGCUGCUAAGUUUUCCUAAUGAUGCCAAUUAACGGCCGCUGAGAUUUAUUUCGCUCCCCGAUGGAAUAUCCGUUCUUUAUUCAUUCAUGGUACAGCUGCUAAUGAGUGCCUGCACACCCGGCCCAGUGCCUCUGUGCAGCAUCGCGCAGCAGCCAGGUGUGUUGUGAUGGGGAACGGGCUGCGAGUGCUGGGGCGGCGCGGAGGGCUUCUCCUCAUCCUCUCCCCCCACAAUAGCAAAGAAUUUCAACUUUCAGACAAACAACUUCAUUUACAAGUGUGUCUCUAAUUAGCUGCAGAAUUAGUAAAGCAGAGUUUUCCCCCCAUAGAUCGGCCAAACCCCUGAGGGAGGCUGUGGAAUAGAGAGAAUCGCAUUUCCAAUUAUUUUGUUGAAUUGCUAAUUUAGUUAUUGUGCCUGGCGUAAUUGUGAUGGGUAUUGGGUGUGCAAUUCAAUUUGUUUUAAAUAUUUGUGGGAAGGCUGAUCAGUAAUGGAGCUGACCUAUUUCAUGGCCCAAAUUGAGAGAAGAGACUAAAACAAAAAACAGCUACAAAGCCACAGUUUGUCUCAGUUUUUAUUUUGAUGUCUCUCAUCCCUCUUAAGACUGUUGAUGCAACAAAAGGUUUACAUUAAAAGAUGAUGGCACUUUGAUCUCGGGCUUUUGAGAGCUUACAGCUUUGGUACUUCUUUUCUUGGCAUUUUAAUAUGUAGAUAUUUUAGGCUAAAGAGUUUUAAAUGCAUUUCUGGAGUUCAGUAGCCCCCUGUUUCCCCCCUCCCCCAGCUGUAUUAUGUUUGUUAAGGUGAUUUGUGCUUUUACCCAUCAGGAUUCUGGUUUGAGAAAUGCACAAGAUCACAGCUGGGAUUUUCCUGGCUCACGUUGUCCAGUUGAACACAUCACACCUUAACCUUUAAUAGGGAGAACCUGGAAGAAGGUGAGCAGGGAGGGUGUGCGGCCGAGCUACGUGCAGGUCAUGCCCAGUGUCUGUCACAGGGCUGCUGUGCCACCUCCCUGUGGGGGCUGGUUAACAGGGGGCUGUGCCAGCACCUGCAGAGCUGCAGUCACUCAGUGUUAAAGAAGAAAUCAGGGGAUGGGAGCGCCUGAGUGAGGCUGAGGGACGAGGGGUGACAGACUUACACUCCUGGCAACAGCGAGAGAUGUAAUUCAUUCUUUUUAUUAAAAGAAACUGAGGUAAGUGAAAUACUUCAGCACCAGCAAGAACAGCGUGUACUGAGGGGGGGUUCCCGCAGUGCCAGGCCCCCCACCCCGCUCACAGCCCGACCCACACACACAUGGACAGGGCAGGGCACUGCAGCACUGCGCUGCUGGGCUCCAGCAUUCACCAACAGCUGCUUUACCCCCAGUUAAGCAGUGCCUGAGCCCCUAACACUGGGCUGGAGGGGGCUGCUCUCGCCCAGCAGGCAGAAGAGUUUGGCGGCUGCAGCUCCCCCCAGGCACAGGGCGCAGCGUGGUGGCACCAGGACCUCUCCCAUUAACACCUGCAGAAAGGCUGGUAGCAGACCCAUGUGUCACAGACCUCAGUGUGCCACCACCACGUAGCAAUUCCUGGUGAGGCGCCCUGUUCUGCCUGGCUGAGACAUUCUCUGUCCUUGUGUCCGGCUGCAGCCUGGAUUGGCAUAAGUAAAAGCAUCUCUGGGGAUUGUUUGGGAGGGAGCUGGAGGGCAAAGAAGAGUCUUUUAAGUUAAAGUUAGGGUGCUGAACUAACAGGAUGAGGUUUGUCCUUUGGGUGGCAGCUCCUGGUCCUCUCAGAGAGCGGAGAGUAACCAAGGAACCCCAGCACUGCACCUCAAUCUUACAGCAUUCCGGCUGCUGUGCACAGAAGGGAGCAGCAGGUCAGAGGGAAAGAGCACAGGCGUGAGGCACUGGCUUUGUAAUUAAUUCUCUCCUAAAAGCAUCCCUUCUCAUUCGCCCUAUGCUAAAAGAGAAAGUGUAAAAUCUGGAAUACUUUUAAGACAAUCAUUGGUGUAAGCCCCAGUUUUACUUUUCGCAGAGUUCCUCUGCGAUAGAGGAGCCCCUCUGCUCCUGCAGUGCUCAGAUGGGGGCCCUGGACUGGCUCAGCUCCCUGCAGGCAGCCUGCAGCCCUUGCCCAGAGUGACUGGAGAGGUCACUGCAACAGGUGGAGCUGCCACUGGGUGUUAAACAAUGUGUAAUUGUACCUCCCCUCCCUUUUUCUUUUUAAUUUCUGUCUUCUUGUGUGAACAAGGCAGUUCUUGUGCUCUCCAGCAGCUCUGGGGUAGAGGUUGGUGCAUAAGAAAAGAGAAAAGCUCAGGUGUGCUGAACCAAAUUUGCCCCUUGCAGUUCUAACCACAUCUGUGCGUUGGACUCAUCCCCUCCCUCUCUUGCCUUGGCAGGUUGUAGCUGCUUUUCUGCUUCAAGUCACCUAUCCAAAUAGAAAGAAUUAAUGAGCACUUUUAAGUAUAUGCAACAAUGGGUCUGCCCCAGAACUGUUACCCCUCAAAAUAAGUAGGGGAGGAAGAGCAGAAAUGGGCAAAAGCCACAUUUUUACUCCGCCUCCACCUCCCCCUCGAAGGGCUUUUCACGCCCUGAUUUGCCUUUCUGAUGGAGCUGUGCACACAGGCAGAGUACACAGGGUCCCCCUCUCCUCAGCCACGUCCCCAUUCCGGAGUGCUGCCCUCGUGGCAGUGGACACAGCAUUGCCUGCCCCCACGUUCUGUUGUAACACAUGUUUACAACAAAGCCCACAGGGGCUGAUAGCAGAGCUGCUGCUCAGCCACAGUACAACACACAGAGACCUCUUCAGCGACCGCUGGGACGAAGGAGCUCCCACCACUCCCAAAGGCAGAGCCCAUCCUCAGCCCUCAGGAAAUGCUCCUGCAGGUAAAACUGGCGCCUGCCAGCGCUGCAGGAUGUGUGUGAGAAGCAGACAGGGGCACGGGGUGCAGUGUGGGAGCCCCACCACUUUGCUGUGCCCAGAGCUCACGGUACUGCUGUACCCGUCAUUGCCCGGCCGUGCUGCUUUCGGUGGCAGCGGAGCAGCAACUGCUGCGUUGGUCCAGUCCCACUUUGUUAAAUAAAUACAGUACAGUUAGACAGCUGUAACUCAAUCCCGCAGGCGCUUGUGUUUAUACAUCUUCCUCGUGGCUCUGGCCAAAGGACACGCUUCCUCUGGUCAGUCUGAUUUGAAAAAAUAAAAAUGUCACUCUUCCAGCAUUUCCCUGAGCCUCCCGUCUCGGUACAGCGGUUGCAGUUGAGCAGACAAAGGGCAAUUCUGAGCCUUUUUUUUUCUUUUUUUUUUUUUUCCCCUCCACUGUACCGAGCAGGGGGGAGUACAGGAAAUCGAUGCUCUUACGUUGAAGAAGGAGAGUCCAUUGUGGAGAGGAUCCGCACGAUCUCCGCUCGCUGGGUGGGUGAUAUAUGCUGGGUCAUGUGCACGAUCGAAUCCAUGGCAACCUCCGGAUUGGCCUGGACCAGGCUGCAAAGAGGAAAGAGUUCAGUGCUGGCAGCCCCAGGCCUCAUCUGACAGCUCUGUCAGGGAGUGCUGACAGAUGGGCUCCUCGGAGAGCAGGAAGCAGCGGGCGCUGCUGGUAGCUGACUGCAGGCUGGGCAGUGAGCUGCUGGCAGGGCACGGGCACAGCUCCCUGGUGGGCAUCACUGCAGCACAGGCAGAGGAAUGGACAGGAAUGCCUGGAGAUGCCGUGCUGAAGUGGGUGACACUGCUGUGCGUGUCAGCGCCCUCCUCUAACACACAGGAGUCAGCUCUGUUAGAUCUCUUCAGUUCUAAGGCAGGGCUCUGCUCGUGGAGCUGUAAGGAGGAGCACCUGUGCCAAUGUGAUGGUAAUGCUUAGAGGCAGGAGGGACAGACCUGAUUCACCACUGCUUCACUGUCGGAGGGGUGUGUUUGCUAUAGUUCUGUACUAGAGUCAGAAGGGAUUCAACAUUUUAUGGCACUGAGCACAGAAGCUUGCCUGCAAAAACUACAGCUGGAAAAAAAUCAGUGGGUGGAAGCCAUGCGGGUGCUCACCUGCGGAUCUGCUUCAGGAUGUAAUCCCUGGAGAUGUACUUGAUGUUCUCAUCCACAACCGAGCGAACCCCUUCCUCCUCCAUCAGCUGCUUCUCCAGCCACUCCACCAGGUCCUUAUUGCUGUCCCACAGGUAUGCCUGCCAACAGAGCACACUGUCACCCCCUGUCCCUUUGCUCAGCCCUGGCUCACCAGCACUGCUUGCAGCCACGUAGCACUCUGGAAAUUUAAUUCAACUCGAGAAGUUCAGGGCUCAGAUGCUGACCUGUGGGCAGGGCAGCUUCUGCAUGGCAUCCCAGGCCCUGCACAGCUGCACAGCCCUCCAGGAGGGGGUCCUGGCAACAAAACCCCAUUUUCUUCUGCAAGAUCAUUUCACCUGAUAUUUGCGAGGUAGUUGACUACAUAAUAAUUCAGGAGUGUGUUAGGUGCCUAAUAGCCUUCUCGCUCCUCUCUUCUCCUCUCAUUUUCUUUACAAAUCAUUUAAGAACUGUUUUGUUAAUGGUUUCCGGAAAAGCAAGUACCACCAUUAGCACUCAUUCAUAUUUAUGUCAUUUUAUUUGGGUAAUUAAACACAAAGCUCGUCAUUUAAA